GUCUUCCAGUUCUCCGCAAUCAGCACCAACAAACACCGCCAGUCAGUAUAUGAUACAAUCCAGCACCGCAUAACCCUUAAUAUUACAUUUUUCUCAACAUCCAAUAAUUCCACGCGAAAUGACAACCCCAUUUUUAUCCCCAACCCACAUCACGGGAGAGAGUCCAACGCCAGACCCUCUCCUCCUCACCAUCCGAUUUUCAGCCUCAAUCCCCGACCUCCCGCUGGACCUCCCGUACCCCGAAACAACCACAGCAGCAGGCCUAAAACAACUAAUCCGCACCCGCCUCCCACCAAAUCUCUCUUCCCACCGUCUCCGCCUAAUCUAUGCCGGCCGAGGCCUCGAAGACGCCAUCCCCCUCUCCAUCUCCCUAAAACUACCCCCGUCACCGACCCACUCACCACGACCGACCCCCGAUGAAGACACAGGCCUCUCCAAAGCAAAAGGCAAAGGCAAAGCGCCUGUCCGCGACCAACCCCGUCUCUACAUCCAUUGCUCGAUUGGCGAUAUCGUCCUCGCGGCCGCAGAUCUAGUCACAGAAGCCUCAUUGGCAUCUACACUCCAGCAGGAGAACCAGUUCCCGAAAGAUGGUGGUCGGUCGAGUCCGCAGCAGCAGCAGCAUCAGGCGUCAUCGACGACGCCUGCCCCCCGUGGAUUUGACAGGUUGUUAGCGGCGGGGUUUACCGCCGCCGAGGUGACGGCGCUGCGUUCACAGUUUUUGGCUAUUCAGUCUGUGUCGCGGACGCCGGAUACGAUGCCGAGUGGGGCGGAGAUGCGCGAGCUUGAGGAUCGGUGGAUGGAUGAGGGGUCGUCGGCGAUGGCGGCUGGGGUUGGUGGGGUUGGGGAUGCGGCGGGAUUUACGGAUGAUGAUGGGGGGUUUGGGGCGGGGUCGCGGGGGGCUAUGGAUGAUAUGCUUUGGGGGGCUGUUAUGGGAUUUUUUUGGCCGGUAGGAUGUGCGAUGUGGUUGAGGAGGGAGGAGGGGGUUUGGAGUUGGCGGAAGGGGUUGGCGGUGUUUGUGGGGGUGGUUGUUAAUCUGGCAUUUGGGACGAUGCGAAUCAUGAAUUGAGACUGGAGCGUAGUUUGUUGUGUUUUCUUGGAUUCCGUCCCCUCUACAUCUUGUCUUGUGUGCUGAUGAUACCCUAUGCUCUUGAUUUUGGUUCUCAAUAGGUUGUGCAAUUAAAUUGUUGGUCUUGUACCAAAACUACAAAGGUCGGCUUGAUUAGGCCAUGGAGAUGCUAUCAUACAACGUUCCUUAGUAAUGUCCGCUACAGCAGACAUGA